AUGCAAUCGUCCGUCGUUCGCAAUAAUAAGAAGCAUUCGGAAGUGCUUUUCAAAAUGGGCGGCUCGUAUCCGAUUGUUCACACGAUCGUUAGCAAGAAGAAACAAGUCUUUGAGAUUAUGUUGGCGACAAACCAGAACAUUUCCAUUGGCAUCUUGAAGGACAUUGUUAGCGUCAAUAUUCAUGAUGCGGCACGAGAACACUUUGGCAAUGCCGUGGGCAUGUUGGGAUCCUUUGAUGGCAAGCUCUUGGCACGAGAUGGCGUCACCACUUAUUCCAUGAAGGAGGAGGACAAUGACAUUGGAGCCUAUGGACAAGAAUGGCAAGUCCGAGACGACGAACCCAUGCUAUUUCGAGCCGUCCGAGCUCCACAGUAUCCUCAAGCUUGUCGGCUGCCAACAAAGCAGUCGUCGUUGAAAGCCAAGGAAUCCCGGCGUCUGGGACAAGGGGGGAUCUCGGAAGAAGACGCCAAGGUGGCUUGUGUCCAUGUGAAACAUGAUCAGCAAGUCUUUGCUGCGUGUGUCUAUGAUGUGACUGUCAUGAAUGAUCUGGAUCAGGCUGAAGCUUACUAG